AUGACAUCAAAAACUGAGAGAUGUGGUUGUAGUUAUGAUAAUUAUUAUAAUACUAAAAAUAUCCCUGGAACUUUAAGUCAAUGUAAAAUGGAUUAUUCAUGUGCUAGUCGUGCUAAUCAGCAUACUUCAACAGAAGAUGAAACAUCGAAUUGGAAUAUUGAAAAUGUUAAUAAAUUUUCAAGUUUACAUUAUUCUAGUGAUUGUUCAGAACAAUUAUUCUCAAGUUGUAAAGAAGAAGUACAAUGUCCAACUAGCCAGUUCAAAUCGAAUUCUUUACGUUCAUCCUCUCUAAGUACAGAGCAUAUGCUUCAAGAUCCACUUGUUAAAAGCUCCUUUGUCAAAAACAUAUUGUCUCCGCUGACUCAUUGGAUAUCUUCCAGUCUUCUUGUGUAA